UACUGGGAAAAGAGAAAUCAUAACAUAGCUGAUCUCCUCUAUGUUCUUGAUUUGCUUUCUUUCGAUCGUGUUGGGUUUCGAAAUUUGAGAUGGAUUUGUGUGCGCUCGCUCAUCCACGCAGCGAUAGAACAAUUUGAAUAACAUUUCAUUCUUGACGGCGCAAACAACUUUAAGGGAAUGCUGAAACCACACAAGCUGCGUUUAAUCCAUAGUCAGUACCUAGUAGUAGGUAAAGAUUAAGGCAUCAAGGUGAGGUUCAUUCAGUGAUGUGGUUAGUAAGUAGAUCAGCAUUCAUUCACAACUACACCGCUCUAGACGAAGAAGAAGAAAAACUUAGUGGUUAGAUCAUCAGUAUACAUCGAGUGUUAUUGCUUGAAGCAGAGCCAAGCUCCAAAUUUCGACAAGAAGAAGUUUUAUGAGACCAUCAGAUUUGUGGAACAAACAGGUGAUCAAGUGCCUCCGGUUGCAGCAAUGGCUGAACCACUAGUGAAAUCAUGCUGCUGUUGCUAUUCGCUACGCAGUGGAUCAAUUAUCUCCGGCAUCUUGGGUAUAGUCCUAUCGAUUAUAUCAAUCAUAAUUAUUUUCACUACUCGAGUGGAGUUUAAAACCAUACUGAUGGACUGGUUGCCGCAGAAUGUGGUCAAGAUCAUAUUCGUGCUGAAUUUGUGCAUGACUAUUUUAAUUUCGUUGAUAAUGAUUUUGGGCGUUAUAAAGAAAAACCAUUAUCUUAUGAUGCCAUGGGUCAUUCUUGGAAUUAUGCUGGCUGUAGGUUUGCUGAUCAGUGUAAUCUACACUGCCGUUGUAUUUUUCAUUGAUGGAUUUGUUGUUACUGGAGUUCUAUGGAUUGUUAUUGGACUAAUUUCUGUCGUUGUUUAUUCAUACAUGUGGGCAGUGGUGUACAGUCAUUUCGUUAUACAGAAAAAUGAAAACGAACGAGGAAGAUAUUCGAAGCAGCCAUAUAGAAGAUAAAGAAAAAUCGUUUAAAAAAUUAAACCUGACUAACUUAAAAAAUUAACGUAUAUAGAUGGCGGAACCAAUGCUUAAUGUUUUUAACUAAUUUCAAAUACUCUAUUUAUUUAUACUUUUUAACAAAUAGUAAAACAAAA